AUGGAGGAGCACAAAACGCUUGUCAAGGACGUGUUUGGCGAAUCAUCGGACAGCGACGACGAAGAAGAACAACAGCUUCAGUCUAAAGAUUCAAGUAAUGUAGAUCCAUCUGAAUCAAUCUUCGGUGAAAGCCCCAACUGGGAACGAAUCGAAGAAAUCAAUGGCUUAUGGUUGUGCAGAGACUUUCUCUCUCAUGAUCAACAGUCUUUGUUGCUAUCCGAAAUCGAAGAAGAAGGAUGGCUCGUUGAAGCGUCUCACAAUCAGGCUAUGAGGUUUGGCAAUCUUCCGGUGUGGGCAAUUAAACUUUCUAACUCUAUUCGUGAGGUGGUUCUUCUCAGUGGUUUUGUUCUUGACUCCAUGGACAAUUCAAAUUGUAAUGAGGAUAAAGAAGUCUGUCUCUUCCCAUCAGAUUUACUAUGGAGAGAGCCUCUCUUUAAUCAACUGAUAGUAAACAUAUAUCAACCAGGUGAGGGAAUUUGUGCACAUGUUGAUCUUAUGCGCUUUGAAGAUGGAAUUGCCAUUGUCUCUCUGGAGUCGUCCUGUGUGAUGCAUUUUAGCAGAGUUGAAGGAGGAGCUUUGGAUAUUGGAAAGGAAUAUGAGAUGGGUUUGCCCUUGACAAAGAUUCCUGUAUAUAUGACCCCGGGAUCUCUAGUCCUAAUGUGGGGAGAAGCACGUUACCUCUGGAAGCAUGAGAUAAACCGCAAGCCAGGGUUUCAGAAAUGGGAAGGGAAAGAUAUAGAUCAGAAAAGGAGAACCUCCAUAACAUUGAGGAAGCUCUGCCCGACUGGGUAA